CAUCACGCCCUUGCUACAAACCCCCUCGCGUGCGCACCGUCCUUGUUUAUCGCGGCUCAUCUGGGAUAGUUGCUCGCAAUAGGAAGGUGACUAUGCUCUCGUGCGGGUCUAGUCCCUCUGGACGGCCUCUAGCCAUCCGAUGAGAAGCGAUCAUGAGGCAGAUAAAAGCAGCGAUGGCCUCCCAUCGUGAGUCGGUCUUGUUUCCCAUCAUCUCUUCCGCCUUCGGGUACACGUCGCUCGUUUCAUAGGGUCUACGCAGAAGACUCCUUCACAAUGCUCGCCCCCACGCUCCUUUCCUUCUCUACUCUCCUUUUGGGUGCUUUGGCAUCUCCCCACGUUGUCCAUGAGAAGCGCAGCAUUCAUACCGACCGCCAGUGGUCGAAGACCACCCAGUUGGACUCCAAUGCAAUCCUUCCUUUCCGCAUUGGUCUGACGCAGGGCAAUCUCGAGCAUGGAGAUGGCUGGCUCAUGGACGUCUCCGACCCCGCCAGCCCGAAUUAUGGCAAACACUGGACCUCUGCGCAGGUCAUUGAUGCCUUUAAGCCCAGCGAGGACACCAUCCGAUCCGUCCAUGACUGGUUGGUCGAAGGCGGCAUCGACUCCACUCGACACCGUCUCUCUGAAGGCCUGAACUGGCUGGAGUUCCACGCCACCGCGAGCGAGGCCGAGUCUCUGUUCAACGCCAAGUACCACGUCUUCACACAUGCUGCUACCGGCACCCGUCACAUUGCCUGUGACGAGUACAGCCUCCCCGCCCACAUCCAGUCUCACGUCGACUUCAUUACCCCGGGUGUCCAUUUCGAUGCCAAGACCAGAGACAACACCAUCGAGAUGUACGACGCUGAGGGCAACCAGCUCGAGAAGCGUGGCAACCCGUGGUGGCCGGGCCCGAACCACAGAGGCCCGCAUUGGCCUGGCUGGCCCGGUUGGCCCGGCCCCGUCCCCCACAACCCCAUGUGGCACCCGCACCCGGCUGCUAGCAACAUUUGCAACGACUCGUUCGUGACGCCUUACUGCAUCAGGUUGCUGUACGACGUGCCUACUGAUCUCACUCCCGCCGAGGGCAACUCUGUUGGCAUCGUCGAGUACACCCCGGAGACCUUCCUCCAAUCCGACCUGAACACCUUCUUCAAGGCCUACGAACCGCAAGCCGUGGGAGAGGCCCCGAAGUUCGAUUCGAUCGACGGCGGUUACCUGUUCCGAGGCUACAAUACGACGAACUCCUUCGGAUACCUUGGUGAGCCGUCGCUUGACCUUCAAUACGCCAUGAGUCUGUUGUACCCGCAGAACGUGGUCCUCUACCAAGUCGGAGACCUCGCGGAAGCAUCCAACACCUCCUUCAACAACUUCCUCGACGCCAUUGAUGCCAGCUACUGCACCUACGACGGCGGCGAUACCCCCGGACUCGACGCGGUGUACCCGGAUCCCUACCCAGGCCCCCACUCCUACAAGGGCAAGGAAGACUGCGGCACCUAUGCGCCGGCCAAAGUUAUCUCGACCUCCUACGGCUACGGCGAGUACCAAUUGCCCGCUUCUUAUGAAGUCCGCCAAUGCCACGAGUACAUGAAGCUGGGAUUGAUGGGCGUCACCUUCGCCUACUCCAGCGGAGACUACGGCGUCGGCGGCUACGGAGGCCAAUGCGUGACCGCAGAUGGCAACGUCACCGAUGGAACAUCUGGUAUCUUCGUGCCAGACUUCCCCGCCAGCUGUCCCUACGUCCUGGCCGUGGGCGCGACUCAGAUCCGCAAUGGUACCAACAACGUUGCCGCCGCCAUCAAAGCUGGUCAGCAGCCCGAGGUGGCCAUGGAGCUCUACCUCACCCCCGAAGGCCUCGUCGGCACCGACUUCCCCAUUGGCGCGAACCCCAUCGGCAAGAACGUCUUCAGCUCCAGCGGCGGCUUCUCCAACGUCUUCCCCCUCCCCUCCUACCAGCAGUCUACCGUCACCGCGUACAACAAGAAGUACGCCCCCAACUACCCAGGCCAAUACAACAACUCCGGCAACGCCAGAGGCAUUCCCGACAUCGCCUCUAACGGCGCCUGGCUCAGCAUCGUCGUCAACGGCAACUUCUCCCAAGUCUUCGGCACCAGCUGCGCCGCCCCGACCGUCUCGGCGCUGCUCGGCCUCAUCAACGGCGAGCGCAUGAAGGCCGGCAAGAGCUCCGUCGGCUUCGUCAAUCCCACGCUGUACGCCAACCCGCACGUGCUCAACGACGUUACUGCUGGUGGUAACCCCGGCUGCGGCACGUACGGUUUCAACACUGAGGUUGGAUGGGAUCCCGUCACUGGCUUGGGUACUCCGAACUUCCCCAAGAUGCUGCAGCUCUUUAUGAGUUUGCCAUAGAGACGCUGGUGAGAGAUGGACGUUACUUGCGAUCUGGCCGAAGUGCCGACAAGAUGGACACUUUGAAAGUCUUGCAGCAAAGAAGGGGCGUAGAAGGAUCAGCUAGUUGUACAAAUAGUCAGAAAAUACACAAUGAGGUACUAUCGGUCUGCCUUUAACGUAAAUCACCGAAGCCGCAUAACUCGUGCUGUAUGUGAUUGAUCUCACUCGGACCCACGUAGUAGGGCUGUCAGGUGGUCCAGGCACGUCACUCAGGCCUUGUUGCAUGACUAGCACGAUUCGAUGCACAUCAA